AUGUACCGCCCCCCUCGGUACCCCCUACCGCCACCUCCACACCGCCCCCUGUUCGCCCCCCACCUGUACCCCUACUACGCCACCUCCACCGCCCCUGUACCGCCCCCUGUACUCCCUACCGCCACCUCCACACCGCCCCCUGUGCUGCCCCCCACCUCUACCCCCUACCGCACCUCCACACCGCCCCCUGUGCUGCCCCCACCUCUACCCCCUACCGCACCUCCACACCGCCCCCUGUUCCGCCCCCCACCUGUACCCCUACCGCCACCUCCACACCGCCCCCUGUACCGCCCCCCUGUCCCCUACCGCCACUCCACACCCCCCCUGUUCCGCCCCCACCUCCACCUCCACCGCCCCCUGUCCGCCCCCCCUGUACCCUACCGCCACCUCCACACGCCCCUGUGCCCCCCCCUCUACCCCUACCGCCACUCCACACCGCCCCCUUCGCCCCCCACCUCUACCCCCUACCGCCACCUCCACACCGCCCCCUGUACCGCCCCCCUGUACUGCCCCCCCACCUCUACCCCCUACCGCCACCUCCACACCGCCCCCCUGUUCCGCCCCCCUGUACUCCCCUACCGCCACCUCCACACCACCCCCCUGUUCCGCCCCCCACCUGUACCCCCUACUGCCACCUCCACACCGCCCCCUGUUCCGCCCCCCACCUGUACCCCUACCGCCACCUCCACACCGCCCCCCUGCGGGAUCAGCAUCGUGAUGGAGCCAUUUCCUGGGGCAGAGCCAGCUCAGCACCAGCCUCAAACGGGGCUCGGCUGCCAGCGCCGCUGUGAAUGGCGCCCGAGUGGGGCGACAACGUUCACCGGCUAUGAAGGAGACGAGGGGAGGCCAGGCGGAGCCGGGUAA